AUGGGACGACAAUACGACAUGAAAAGAUACGAGAUGCAGGAUCGACAGCUUUACGUGUUCCUCGAAGCACACGUAUGUAACCCUGCAACACCGCCAACUUUCCUAUUCUGGACUGCUACUGAGAUUUUCUUGACAGAAGAACACAGUUGCUAUACAGCUCGCAUUGAGACUCGAACCCAAGGCCUCCAGAUCUACCGCCAUACAUGCCACUACACCAACGUGACAGUCGAGAAUCUAUUAGAA